AUGUUCAACUCAAAACUGGUCCUUCUUGCUUCAGCGCUGUUGGCGUACGCCACAGCCUUCACGCCUCUCUCCCCGGAGGGCACCUCUGCUCGUCGUGAUGUGUUGAAGGUUGGAGGUGCUGCAGCCGUGGCAACACUUUUUCCAACUGUGGCUUUGGCCGAGAUCGAAGUCCCACCCCAAUCUACCGAAUACGAGUUUCCGGCUGACUGGGGACUCACGUUCAAGUACGAGGAAGAUGCGGCCAAAGUGAGAAAGCACAUGGUUGUUGCUACUGGUUUGGCAAAGGGCGCCACGAACAUGGAAGAUUUUGGAAAGAACAUGAAGAAGGAAAUGGUUGACUUUGUGUCAUACUACCGCAGAUUCCCAAAGGUCUCUGGAAAGCCUUCGUUCAGCACUCUCUACACCUCCAUUAAUGUCCUGGCUGGUCACUACACUUCAUAUGGAUUCAAGUACCCUCUUCCCGAGAAGCGACGCAAGCGUCUGUACCAAGAAUAUGCUGAGAUUGAAAAGUCUUUGAAACGUGGUCGCUAA